UCCCCCUCCCCCUGGCCCUGGCCAUGGCUCGGCGGGUCCUGGGACUGAGGGUCCCGAGGACGUCCGGCGGUGUCUGCUUCAGCCUCCCACCGCCGCCGCCACCACUGCUGGGGCUGCUGCUGCUGUUGCUGCUGCUGGGGCAGGCGCGGGCUUUUGGGGACGAAGAGGAGAGGCGCUGCGACCCCAUUCGGAUCUCGAUGUGCCAGAACCUGGGGUACAACGUGACCAAGAUGCCCAACUUAGUGGGGCACGAGCUGCAGACCGACGCCGAGCUGCAGCUCACUACCUUUACCCCGCUCAUCCAGUACGGCUGCUCCAGCCAGCUACAGUUCUUCCUUUGCUCUGUGUAUGUGCCAAUGUGCACAGAGAAGAUCAACAUCCCCAUUGGCCCGUGUGGAGGUAUGUGCCUUUCAGUCAAGAGGAGGUGUGAACCUGUUCUGAAGGAGUUUGGGUUCGCCUGGCCAGACAGCCUCAACUGCAGCAAAUUUCCCCCACAGAAUGACCAUAACCAUAUGUGCAUGGAAGGCCCAGGUGAUGAAGAAGUUCCCCUACCCCAUAAGACACCCAUUCAGCCUGGGGAAGAAUGUCAUAGCAUGGGCACACAUUCGGAUCAGUACAUUUGGGUGAAAAGAAGCCUGAACUGUGUCCUGAAGUGUGGCUAUGAUGCUGGCUUAUACAGCAGGUCAGCCAAGGAGUUCACUGAUAUCUGGAUGGCUAUGUGGGCCAGCCUGUGCUUCAUAUCAACAGCCUUCACAGUGCUGACCUUCCUGAUUGAUUCAUCCAGGUUUUCUUACCCUGAGCGUCCCAUCAUCUUUCUCAGUAUGUGCUACAAUAUUUAUAGCAUUGCUUAUAUUGUGAGGCUGACUGUGGGCAGGGAAAGGAUAUCCUGCGAUUUUGAAGAGGCAGCAGAACCAGUUCUCAUCCAAGAAGGUCUUAAGAACACAGGAUGUGCUAUAAUUUUCUUACUGAUGUACUUCUUUGGGAUGGCCAGCUCCAUCUGGUGGGUUAUUCUGACGCUCACUUGGUUCUUGGCAGCCGGUCUUAAAUGGGGUCACGAGGCCAUUGAAAUGCACAGCUCUUAUUUCCACAUUGCAGCCUGGGCGAUCCCAGCAGUGAAAACCAUUGUCAUCUUGAUCAUGAGACUGGUCGAUGCUGAUGAACUUACAGGCCUGUGCUAUGUUGGGAACCAGAACUUGGAUGCGCUCACAGGUUUUGUAGUUGCGCCACUCUUCACUUACCUGGUGAUUGGAACAUUAUUUAUUGCUGCUGGCUUGGUGGCCUUAUUCAAAAUCCGAUCCAAUCUCCAGAAAGAUGGGACAAAAACAGACAAGCUAGAAAGGCUGAUGGUCAAAAUCGGAGUCUUCUCGGUGUUAUAUACAGUGCCUGCCACGUGUGUGAUUGCUUGCUAUUUCUAUGAGAUCUCCAACUGGACACUCUUCCUCUAUUCAGCAGAUGAUUCUAACAUGGCAGUCGAGAUGCUGAAAAUCUUUAUGUCGUUGUUGGUGGGGAUCACUUCUGGCAUGUGGAUAUGGUCUGCUAAGACACUCCACACGUGGCAGAAAUGUUCCAACAGACUGGUGAACUCAGGGAAGAUUACUCCCUAAUGUAGGAGCAUGGGCAUGGCAGGGGGCGAAGCAGCAGUGACUCUGCAGGGAAACCUUGUGGACCAUAAUGCAAACAACCUUCCUUUGCAAGGCUGGGAUCCAUCUCUGCUGGUUUCAGGAAGGCCAGGUAUCCUUUGCCCUCCUUUUCAAUUAAAUUAAGCAUCUACAGGGGAGAUAGAAAGUUUGGAUAAGGCAUGGCCCCUGGCCUCUGCUGGGGGGAGAAGACAAAUCCAGAUGGCUUUAAUAUACAGUAUUACAUGGUAAAUGCAUCAUACAAUUGCAAACAAAGUGCUUUGUGAGUACAGGUCUGAGGGGGAAGGUAAUUCCACUGGCAGGCAAUUCCAUUUCUUAUCCUCUGUAUUGGGAUUCACUGUGGCUUAUCUUGGUUAAUGUUGUGGCAGCAUCUUGCCUGGCAAAAAGCCAAGACUGCUUUUCUUCCUUUGGAACUUGGGAGAAGUUGUCAUCUGUCACUUGUGGGAAGAUUCUUUGGUAGCUGGAGAAUUUAGCUAUAAAAACCAAAGCCUCUCCAUCCACUUUCAGAUGGGAAUCUACUAAACCAUUAAACCAGAGUAUUCUCAAAUCUCUGCUGAACUUCUUCCCUUCCCUCUUCCACCCCUCCCCCUUCUUAGGCCAGGAUGAAUUUCAGGGCAGAAUAGAAUGAAUUACUAUGGAGUCUGUUUGGGCAAGCAAGGUGGUCUGGCUGAACUUGAUUCACAUCCUUUUCCUCUAAUGCUGGCCCAUUUUCUGUCCUCUUGGACUGCUGCUGGGUUAGCAGCUUGCUGAGGUGUCCUGGAACCGGACAAAGUGGGGGAAGGGGGAGAAGGCUUCAUUUCCAUGAGUUGGCUUUCUUCUGAUGUUUCCCCAUCAAUUCUCUCCUACACUGGAGAUCUAGAUUUUGAUUUGGAAGGAAACCUUAAAAGCCAUGGAGUCCAACCCUUUCAUUUUACAGAUAUGGGAACUGAGGCACAUAGAGGUUAAGUUACUUGCCUAAAAUCAGGUAAAAGCAGGAUUUUAACCUAAGUCUUCCGGACUCCAAGUCUAGCCCCUAUUCAGUAUUCUUGGCAUCCAGAUCCUGAGACUGCGUUACUAUUAAUAGAACCACAUCAUGUCCUCCAGUCCUGCCACUUCUUCCCUUCUCCAGGCCUCAGUUCCCACAUCUGUAAAAUGGGGGAGAUGGACUAGAUCAGAAGGGUCAAAGUGCAGCCCACUUUAGUGUGUGUUUUUCUAAGUCAAUAUUCAGGCCUGCAGGGAUCCUGACAUGGAUUUUAGUGGGCCCCAUUUCUAUUUGAUUUUGAGAUGAUCACUGACAAUUUUUUCAAUUCUACAUCUGUGAGCCUAUAAUUCUUUUUCAUAGCAGCCACUGCCAAAGUCUGAAAAUAUGGUGCAACCUUUGGCUGCUUGUAGAAAUGGCAACUGCAGUACUUUUAUAGGGUAGCAGAGCCGGGAAAUCCAGAGCUGGAAGGUUGAGGGAUAAACCAAGAAGAGUAACACAAACUUCUGUACACUGCAUGCAUGCUAUAUGGAAUUGUAGAGAGAGUGCUAGAGUUGGAGUCAGGAAAACCUGAGGUCACAUCCUGCCUUGGGCACUAGCUGUGUUUGACUGUGAUUGAGUCACUUAACCUGGCUGAGCCUCAGUGUUCUUAUCUGCAAAAUGGAAAUAGUAAUACCUCUAAUACUUACUUGU